AUGAUUUUCAAAAAGCAUGUUUUUUCAUUUGUGCAUUCCAGUUAAUAUCAAUCAAACUGCAGUCAGAUAUUUUUAUUAGGUAAAAAAGGUUAUUAGGUUAUCUUUUUGUAAAUCAGUUCCUACUUUUUCUUUCUUUCAGUUGUUUGAUUGAUAAGUACUUUGCCAAUUUGGUGGUUCUAUUUAGGUUUGGAGGUCAGAUAUGUUUAUCAUAAUUAUACUUCAGAUUGUUGUCGAUUUCUUUCUGAAUGUUAGGGUUGUGGGUGGAGUCCAGCUCAGCUUCUCUCUCUCUCUCUCGAACACAUUCCUGGCGUUGUCUUCCUCAUUACAGCUUGAGCGGGAACCGCUGAAACUUGUGUGUGCAUGUAAACAUGAUUCUUAUUUGGUGUUGGUGUGUUCUGCUGCAUCAGCCGUGUUUGUCAGGUUGCUGUGAGGUUAUCCAGCCCCCGGGAUCGGACCCCUGCGCUGGGCAUGACGCACACCUUCCUCAGACACACACCUGUCACACUUGUGCAGGCAGAGGAGGAUGACUAUGAUGAGGAAGACUGGGAGUACUGCAUUAGUCCGGAGGAUGAGGAUGAAAUGCCCACAUUUGACAUUCCUCAUUUUCGUUACAUUGACGAGGAUGAAGAUGAGGAUGAGGAUGAGGAUGAUGGUUAUGUUCUUAACAGCGGCUCCUGCUGGACGUGUUCCUCCUCUGAGGACGAUUACCUGUUAUCCGACUCUUCCUCUUCUGCUGUGUCCCGCAGGUAUGUGGUGGUGUCCGGGACGCCCCAGAAGAUCCUGGAGCACCUGCUGAGCGACCUGCGUCUGGACGAGCUGCAGGGGGCGACGGAGAGCAAAGAGACGGAAAUGCUCCUGGAUGACUUCCUGCUGACGUAUCUGGUGUUCAUGUCCACCAGUGAGCUCUGCCAGGCGCUGCUGGGACACUACUGCACGAAGCGCUGUCGGGGGAAGGAGGAGGGGAAGGAGGCCCUCUACAGGAAGAGGAAGGUACUGCACCUGGUGUCUCAGUGGAGCACGCUGUACAAGGACUUCCUGCGAGAGGAGGAGAACGUCAAGCCCUUCAUGAAGACGCUGUAUCGAUACGUGCUGGAAGACGUGUAUGAGUUCCCCUCGCUGGAGAAAGACCUGAAGGAGUUCCAGAAACUACUGCGACGGAGACAUACGAUGGACGACUAUUCUCCACACCAAAAGAGUAAAGCGCUGUACCAGCAGCUGAGUCUGAAGGAGAACUGUGUUCCUCUCCGAGCGUCUCCCGUCGAGAGCAAAGACGUGAUGUGCCGUGUGUACGUGAGCUGUGAUUCGUAUCUGAGCGUGCGGGUGAAGCCUACAGUCGUGGCUCAGGAGCUGCUGCACAUCGUCUCUCAGCGGAUGGAGCGAUGCGAGGACGACAUGAUGCUGCUGGCACAGACCUACAGCGGAGACAAGCGUGUUCUUCAGCCUCAUGACAGUAUUUACUCCGAGUCUCUGACGGCCCCCAGCAGACUGAUCGCCUGCCGCAGAGACCUCAGCGAGAUCCUGCCGCCGCUCACCGAGUGUCCAGAUCUGGGACAGAAGCCCGUCAGACUGCUGGGGAUCAACACGUGGGACGUCGCUGUGGCUCUGACCAACUUCGACUGGAAUCUCUUCAACUCCAUCCACGAGCAAGAGCUGAUCUUCUACACGUUCAGCGGUCAGGCGAGCAGUGUCCACACGGUGGCGCUGGAGCAGCUGCUGCAGCGCUGUAAUGAGGUCCAGCAGUGGGUGAUGUCUGAGGUGCUGCUCUGUCCAUCACUCAGUAAACGAGUGCAGCUCCUCAAGAAGUUCAUCAAGAUCGCUGCACACUGUAAAGCGCAGAGGAACCUCAACUCCUCGUUUGCGAUCAUCAUGGGGUUAAACACGGCGGCGGUCAGCCGUCUGAACCAGACCUGGGAGAAAGUUCCUGGAAAGUUCAAGAAGCUGUUCUCUGAGCUGGAGCUGCUGACUGAUCCAUCCAUGAAUCACAAAGCUUACAGAGACGCUUUCAAGAAGAUGAAGCCGCCCAAAAUCCCCUUCAUGCCUCUGCUGCUCAAAGAUAUCACCUUCAUCCAUGAGGGGAACAAAACAUUUCACGAUAAUCUGGUCAACUUUGAGAAGCUGCACAUGAUCGCUGAUACGGUCCGACUCAUUCGUCACUGCCAGACGGAUCAGACAGGGAACGAGCUCUCUCCGUCAGACAGUCCUGAGGUGCGCUCCAGCAUCCAUUACCUGCACAUCAUCGACAAUCAGCAGACGCUGUUCGAGCUGUCGCACAGACUGGAGCCGCGAGUCUGAGACACAGAAGAGCGCCGCCUGCUGGACAGAUUCAGACUGAAUCAGUGACUCUCUCAGAGCCCAGCGAAUCAGUACAGACACCACCACUAAACACCGUUCUUAAUGUAAAAAAUCACUGGUGGUCCAUGAACGCUUUUUCCUGUCCGGGGGAGAAAGUGUGAACUUUUCAGCAUUGUUUUGUUGAAAUGCAGUUGUCAAUGUUAUUUAACUUCUACCAGCAACUCUGGACCAUAUUUAUAUAUAAAUAUAUAAUUUAAUACUUCAGAUUGUUAGGGCUGGGCGAUAUGAUCAUAAAAUAAUAUAUUAAAAAUAAUAUAAAAUUUGUAAAAAAAAGCUAUUAAAUUUUAUUAUGUAAUUUUUCAGCCUUUCGGCCAUGUUUAGUGUAUAUUAAUAUUUAUAUAUUUGGAGUUAAAGGCUGAUUUAUUUUAGUCAAUUUCAACCAAUUUGUUUUAAAAUUUAUAAUACAAGAUGAUAAAUACAAUAAAUAUCAUGUAAACACAAGAACUGAUAUAAACUAUAUGAAAAAAAUAAUUGAAUCAUUUGAAUUGAUUCAUUGAACUGAUUCAUGAAAUCAAAUAAGACUUGCUUUUUUAGGUCUGAAGUUCAAGACAGAAACUUGAUUUCUAAAUUAUAUAAUCACACUGUUGUUUCAGUCUAUGAAUACUAUUAUAUUUUGUAAACACAAAAUCAAGUAUAAAACGCGAACGAGUCAUUGAAUCAUUUGAAUCGAAUCGACAUUGAAACAGAUGGUUUGAACAACCAAAGUUCAAAUCAGAAACAUACUGGCCAAAAUAAAAUCAUCACAACAUUGCUUCAGUCUUUAAAUAUACAAUAUUUUGUAAACACAAGUGGAAAUAUAACACACACAAACAAACAAAUCACUGAAUCAUCUGAAUCGAUUCAUCCAAGAAAUGAUUCAUGGAAAUGAAUCAGAUUUAUUUGCUUUUCACUGCUACUGAAGUUCAAAUAAACUUAUUGGCCAUAUAAAACCAUCCAUUUAUGUAUAAAUUAUAUUUUGUAAAUACAUAAAACAAAUAUAAUCUGCAAACGAAUCACUGAAUCAUUUGAAUCAAUUCACUGAAACUGAAAGUUUGAAUCGAUGGAAAUGAAUCAAACUCACACGUUAGUUCAAAUCACAAACAUAGAGGUGAAAUAACAUCACAGUGUUGCUUCAUUUUAUACAUGUAUGAUGUUUUCUAACCAGAGUAUAUAUCGCCCGGCCCUACCUUAUGAACGGAGAGUGAAGGAACAAACACACCGGUGUCAAAGGUCAUGACGAUGAUGUCAUAUAGAGCCAAGCGCUGGCUUCACACUGAAUCGUGUUCUUGUGAUUUUCUUCGAUGUUUGAUAUUGGACAUGCAGUGACGUUCCUGUGAGCCGACAGUAUUAUUUCCUCCGAGCCGAGGCUCUUGAAGAUGUUCGUUUCGUGGAGUUUUUGCCCUUCACUCGCUCGCAGUGCUGAAGCUCAUGCAUGCAUACUGUAUUUGCACUUACAUCUCUGUUUGUACAUGAUCGUGUAAGAAUGUAGAUACCUGUAAAGAAACGUGGUUUCUGUGCCAAGCACGAUUAUGGGAGAGCGAUGCAAUACGAGGAGAUUUGAAUCUUGUCCAGUGUUUUCUACAAGCCUUUAGCUGCAGAUAUGAACCCAUGGAUCUGAGCUGUUCCUGAUUAAAUGGGGAUUGUGGGUUUGUAAUCGAUCAGCUCGGGAAAGCCUGAGUUUUAGACCAUAUCUGAACUUCAUCAGUUUCUUCACUGCCACACACACACACACACACACACACACGUUCGCCUGAAUGUGCUGCGACUGAACACACACUGCUUUUCUUAUUUAUGAAUAUAUAUGGCACUCGUGUUAUUUUGUGAUAUGCUGCUGUUCACAGAUAAAAGUUCAGCUCUCUGAUGCUUCGGUGAAUCUCACAAAAAAAUGUUUAGUCACACAUUUCACCCAAAAGAGUAAUAAAUAAAUAAAUUAAUAAUGAGAAACAUUCUGUCCCAACACAUUUGAUUUUUUAUUAUUAUUUAGUUUUUUUUUAUUUAUUAUAUUUUAUGAAAUUAGGUACUGUACAACAAAUGUCUGGGUUUCCAAAUAAAAAAAAACAUCCUGUACCUGAUAUAAUUGUUUUACUUUUCUUUCUUUGUUUUUUAAUUUCCCUCUUUUAUUGUUAUUAUAUUUUAUAAAAUUAAAUGCAGUACAACAAAUGUUUGGGCCACAUAUUUUACCCCAAGGAGUAAGAAAUAAACAAGUAAUGAAAAAAUGUCCACCCAGACACAAUUUCUUUUUAAUUUACUGUUUAUUUUAUUAUUUAAUUCUAUUUUAUAAAAUUUUACUCAGUACUAUUACAUGUAUA